CCUGGGAGCUGCUACCGGGCUGUAGGAUUUCGGAACAACUGCAGUUUGUUACUCAGUGUUUAUGGGAAGAGGAAAAGAAGGCACUUUGGUCCUUCAGCUCCCAGAUACUUUGUGAAGGUAGCUUGGGCAUGGACAUUCUGGCUUCUGCUGCCCUUUAUCGCGGUCACCACCUACCAGUUUGCUGAGAGCAAGUUCCUCUAUGGUCCCACGAAGAGCAUUCUGAUGGUGCUGCGGCGUCUCAGUGCACUGCUAGUGGGCACUACCAUCUGGUACAUCUGCACCGGACUCUUCAUCUAUAUCGAGAAUCUCACCGGCGUGUGCUCUACCUCGGGUAAACUCAGUGAGCCUCGCCAGCUGUACGCCACCAAGCAGGAGUGCCACCAGGACAACGGGAUUUGGAAUGGUUUUGAUAUCUCCGGACACUGUUUUCUGCUCUCGUACUGUGCCCUGAUGAUUGUGGAAGAAGUGGCUGUGCUGGAAGGCUUGUCCAUAGACCAGAACUCUAGGCUGCGUGUUGUGAUCAACAGCCUCUUUGUUUCCUUGUGUUUUCUCACCAUGAUCUGGGUGUUCAUGUUUCUCUGUACUGCUGUGUAUUUCCAUGACUUCAGUCAAAAGCUUCUCGGUGUGCUGAUAGGUCUGUCAGCGUGGUAUGGGACAUACAGAUUUUGGUACUUGAAACCCUUCUCUCCUGGACUGCCUCUUCCAAAUCUACCUUUGAGUUCAAAGAAAUACAGUUAUAGCAGAUAAAAUAAGUUUUACAAUUUUUGGAUUUUGCUUUCAGUACUGGAGUAGUUGAAUGUAGCAAUGGUUGCUGUAUUUCCACUGCAAGGAACAAAGUGAUGGGCUGGAGGAAGCUUAAUCUGUACUAGCCAGUGGCUGGCAGGUGGUAAUGAGCUUCUUUCUUGGGAGAAAAAAAAUUGGUAUUGGAAGAGGCCUGCUCUUGUUCAGGAGCUGCCGGCUGGCACUCUCAGCAAGGAAAUCAGAAGUUGCAUCUGUUUCUCUUACUGACAAACGGAGGAGCAGAUCCAAGGCUGACAGAGGCCUUUGCUCUUUAAGAGCUUGACUGAUCUCAGAUUAAUUCUCCCUCUUUUUUUAUUUAUUUAUGUCAAAAUAUCAUGGAUAAUCCAAACCUCAUACUUUUUUUUUUUUUUUAAUACUCCUGUUUGUAUUGCCUUACAGGAAAACUAAUGACAGUGCUGCUAAGUGUUGCAAAAAUAUCAAGACUCUUAAAGCAGUAUAUAGCUCUGUUGUGAAACUAGAACAUGUUAUCAAGUGUUAAAUACACUAACUUGCCACAAAUGCUGCUUAGCUGUCUGCACCUUCUGCAACAGAGAGUAAAUCUGAGAUGUAAUGUCUUAAGCAGACUGUGACUUUAAAUCCAUGCCUGCCUUUGAAAAGGAAACUCUUAUAAGACAAGCCUUAACUUUCUCCUUAGGUGAAGUAUCUGUAAUAAUAUUCUGUCAUUUUACUCUUGACAGAAAAAAACAAAUUCCAGUUUUGCUAAAAAGUCUAAUAUGAGAAUUGGAGUUUUAAUUUUUUUAAAAUCUUACGAGUUGCACACUUUGCAACAAGUACUUUGUGGUAUGUUUCUUUGGAAGAACAAUGAAAUUCUGGUGUUAUGAACCAGUUAGCUUAACCUGCUGUUUCCCAAAUAGUCUGCUUGGCAAUGAAUGAAACGCAUUGUUUAUCUGAAGAGCUGCAAAGCAGUGUGCUUGAAGCAGUAUUUACUCUUGCUUAUCCAGCAAUAUCAAUAAGCUACUUAAUUUUGAUUGCACAUAAAGCUGUGGCCACUUUGGAUGUGGCUGGAAACCCACUACUGAAUAAAACACUACUAUUAUAUAAUGAAUAGGUAUGAGGUGGGAUGGGUUUAUUCAUAAUAUCAAUCAGACGUUUAGCAUAGUUUUUAUCUUGAAAAGCUUUUUAUUAUUUUAUAAAGGCUUAUUUGUAAUGCAAUUGCACAAAAUUUGUUUGACAGUUGUAGUGGUGAGCAAGACAGCCAGAAAAGUCUGUGGGCAAGGCUGUACAGAUAGUGUCUGCUAAUAAUAGAAUCUUGGGAUCAUUUAGUUUGGAAAGACCUUUAAGAUCAUCAAGUCCACCCAUUACGCUAACCCUGCCAUCCCACCACUAA